AUGACAAUGCAAUUUAUCGUCAAACGUGCAACCAGAGAUGAUUUGCGAGUGUUGAAAUUUAUUUCAUCCGACAUUUUCGACAUCAAAAUUAUGAAACUGUGUUUGUUUAUAACAUUUCUAAUACAUUUGACUGCAUGCGCGAUUACAAUCCAUGCCUUUAUGUUUAACAAUUUCAGUAGGAGAGAGUUUAUUUCAUGUGCUCCUGUACUUUUCGGUUGCUUCUACGGAUUGUUGGGUCUUGGUACUAUUUUAUUCAAACCCAGCAUGACUAGAACUUUAAUGCUGGAGUUAAAAGCAUGGGACAUAACGGCUGCUGAUGAUGCAGUUUCUUCACGAAUUAAAUUUGAAAUUAAUGUUAUAACAGUGUUUUGCUUGGUUAAUUAUCUAUUAGCUUUAGUUGCCAGUUUUUUUUACUAUAUGUCAUUUUACGGAGACGAAGAAAUCUUUUACCUAAUACGAUUCUUAGAAGACCAUUGUCCCAACCACAAGCGAGUGUUGAUUAAGUUGUAUAAAAUAUCGUUUGUGUUGUUGGGCUAUGUUAUGGUGGUCCAUGCAUGUCAAGUCCUUUAUGCAACGCAGCAUGUGCGAUUUCAGUUAAUUUUAUGUGCUCACUUUAUGGCAAAUGUAACUAAACAAGCUAAAAAUAUAAAGGAUGAGCAUUUACCCGAUGACAAUAAUUAUCAAAAUAUGAUUCGUGAAAGACUCAAAUUUUGUAUAAUCAGACAUCAGGAGAUCCGGAGAUUUUAUUUUGACAAGCUGGAAGAAAUGGGUAAUUUAAUUGGGGGUUUUGCGCUCCUUGGCUGCUUUCUAGGGAUCAGUUUUGCCAUGCACAUGUUAACCAGUGAAUUUUUGCGCUACCAUUUUGCACGCACAGUUUCCUCAAUAAUUGCAGGAGUUACUACAUUUGCCACCGUGAUCGCAGCUGGACAAUCAGUCGAAACCGAAGUGGACAUUUCUACGAGAGUCGUAAAGGAAGUAAAAUGGUACACUUUCAACGAAAGCAACAAACGGAGUUACAUGCUUAUGUUAUUAAAUUCCAUGCAGACCUACAAAAUUAAAUUUUCAGAAAAUUAUUCGAUCAACUACGAACUUGGACUUAGUAUUGUUCGGGGUGUUUUCUCAAUUGUGUCGGUAGUAGUUCAGCUCGAUUAUUAGAACACGUUAAGAAUAAUUCUCGUGUUUACACUUUGUCACUUUCAAGCAUUAGAAGUAAUCACAUUCAAAUUAAAUUUCUAUGAGUCACAUGAACAUUAUUCACAAAUGUA